CCCCAUCCCCUCCCUAAAGAAUGAUGAAGAGCUAUCUGGCACUGAGCAGAGAUUGAGGUGUGAAGAAACUUACAGAUUUGCUUUGAAAUUCGAUUUUUGUUGAAAAUUUUACUUCAAGCAUUGGUCUUGAGCUCAAAGGAGUGCUAAAGGUUAAAACUUUAUUAUUUUUUGUUCGUGAAAAUGAAGAGCUUGGCUUGGAUUAAGAAUAAAUUCAGUCGUGGAGGCAAGACAGUUAGGGCUCAACGGAGCCUCUCUCUCGGAGACUACAAAAAGGCGGUAUCGUGGUCAAAGUACUUAGUGUCUUCGGGUGGAGAGAUCAGAGAAGGAGGCGAAGAGGAAUGGAGCGCCGAUAUGUCACAGUUAUUGAUAGGGAAUAAGUUUGCGGCGGGGAGGCAUAGCAGGAUUUAUCAUGGGGUUUAUAGGGAGAGGGAGGUGGCGGUUAAGUUGAUCAGCCAGCCGGAGGAGGACGCGACUCUGGCUGCUUUGCUAGAGCAGCAGUUCAAUUCGGAGGUUGCCUUGUUGCUUCGGUUACGACAUCCGAAUAUUAUUAGGUUUGUUGCGGCUUGUAAAAAACCUCCAGUCUUCUGCAUCAUUACGGAAUACAUGGAAGGAGGUUCACUAAGAAAAUAUCUCCAUAAACAAGAGCCUCACUCUCUUCCUCUAAAACUAGUCCUCAAGUUGUCUCUUGAAAUUGCUCAUGGCAUGGCUUAUCUUCACUCUGAAGGAAUACUUCAUCGUGACCUAAAGUCAGAAAAUAUACUGCUUGGUGAGGAUUUAUCGGUAAAGCUAGCGGAUUUUGGGAUCUCAUGCUUAGAAUCUCAGUGUGGAAGUGGAAAGGGAUUCACAAGCACUUAUCGGUGGAUGGCGCCAGAAAUGAUCAAGGAAAAGCAUCAUACGAGAAAAGUUGAUGUAUAUAGCUUUGGAAUUGUUCUAUGGGAAUUGCUUACGGCAUUGAUCCCUUUUCAUGACAUGACUCCUGAGCAAGCUGCCUUUUCUGUAGCCCAGAAGAAUGCUAGACCACCUCUCCCCGCAUCUUGCCCUAAGGCAUUUACGCAUCUCAUCAAUCUAUGUUGGUCAACAAAUCCAGAUAAAAGACCACAAUUUGAAGAUAUAGUUUCUAUACUUGAAAGCUACAAGGAAUCAUUUGAAGAGGAUCCUUCGUUCUUUUCGUGGUACAAACCGGUUCAGAAUCAUAAGCUUGGUCGAUGUCUCUCAAGGUGUAUAAGCAUUCACAGUUCUGAAUCUCUUGAAGCAUAACAUUACUGUUAUUCUUCAUGUUUGUAUACAAUGUGGUAUGUAAUUUUUUAUCACGCCGGUUGCUUUAUGUGUAUGCCAGCCUUCCUCAAAUUGGUUAAAGGCUCGGUUUUACUCCAGAUUUUUAAGGAUUUUAAUCGGUUUAGUUUUAGAAUUUUAAUUGGCUUUUGUUUC